GAGUUGUUGUCACUAGAGGAAUGCUUCCUGACGGAGGCAACAUGUGAAGAGUUUUAAUCUCCUCCUUGAACUUGUGAAUGGUUGUGUGACCACCUUGGGAGACAAGUCAGAGUUGAGCAAUAGGUGUUUGAUAUAUGAGGCCACUUCCUUUGUUUGCCGGUGCUAACAUGUUUAAAUUUUCUACGGCUGGCAGGCCAGAUUACCCACAGCUGCAGCACAUCAGGCUCAGCAGAGGAACAGCUCAGAUGAGUGGCUGAGGCAGGAGAGUGUUGCCAAAGACCUGGAAACAGAACAGACCACUGCAGCAUCAGAACUGUGAUCUCAGGACCACAACUCAGUGGUGGAUGACAGAGAUGAAGGCAGGAUGUGGAGAAAGACUUGACAGAGGAAAAGCAGAACUUCAUGAUUUGACUAACAACGGGCACAAUCUGAUCUAGAGUGUAUGUGGUGGCAGAAAUACAUGGUAGCCUCUCUUAAGGAUAUGCCUGUACAAUACCCUACACCGAUGUGUGGUCUUUUGAUUCCUUUCCUUCUUAUCCUGUUCCAAGUGUCAUCCUGCACCGUUACAGUCACUGGCUACAUUGGCCAGGAUGUCACUCUGCCCUGCAGUUAUGAUGUCCAAGCUAACGGAGUCCUCAGUUUCUGCUGGGGACACGGGAAGGUGCCCCGAUCCAAAUGUAGCAACACAAUCCUCUUGUCGGAUAAUGGGAAUGUGACUUUCAGAGAGUCCCCCAGGUACCAGCUGCUGAGCCAGGUCAUGCAGGGUGAAGUUUCCUUGACCAUCGUUAAAGCUCAGAAAACAGAUUCUGGGGUUUACGGCUGCAGGGUGGAGAUUCCUGGCUUGUUCAACGACCAAAAGAUCAACGUACACCUGACCAUGGAAGAAGCUCCUAUGGAAGAACUUGACAUCCAAAGCUCAACAGACUGUGACACUGUGACAGUAAGCAAAGGCUCAAAAAUAGCAAAAAUCCAUAGUGCAACAAGUCAGUUUAUAACAUCAGAAAGGAAAGUGAAAAAUGAAAUGGUUAAUUUUUCACUGCAUGAAAUUUUCAAAGCCCUCUUAGAAGCAGAGAACAUUGGAAGGAUUGCAGUUAUUUUCUUCCUCACCAUAAUCCUAAUCCUCAUCCUCAUCAUCAGGAGGAAGGUCCUGAUGGGGAGGACGACACCUCAGCAGCUCAACACCAUCACAGCUGAAAAUAUUUACGAGACCAUCCCAAUGACUAAAUGAUGCUCUGCAGGUUUCUACUGACCUUAAGGCAGUGUUUCUCAAUUCCGGUCCUCACGCCCCCUGCCUGCAUGUUUUAGGUGUUUCCCUUCUGCCACACGCCUGGAUUGAAUAAUGGGUGAUUAACAGGCUUCUGCAGUACUUGAUGGUCACGCAAUCAUUUGAAUCAGCUGUUCUGGUAUAGAGGCAUCUAAAACAUGCAGAGCAGGGGGACCUGAGGACUGGAAUUGAGAAGCACUGACCUUAAGGCAUGUUUUAAAUCUCCCCAUUUAUUUUUUUAACAAUUUAUCAGCUACUAUAAAUUAAAUGAAAAAUGUUUCUCAAUAGUAAACAAUAAUCUCAAUAAAAUAGUAUACGAUGUCUAUCCAAUGAUUCCCAGAUAAAUGUUAAUCUGCUUGAAUUUAUUUGUGACCGACAUGAAACGACUGUGGUGGUUUACAGUUGUGGGCACAGUGCCACCUGCUGGACAAACUACAUAAUGUUAUAAACAAUGAAAUGACAGGACAAGUGAUGUGCUUUUGUACUUCAUGUUGUCCUUUUUUCUUCUUUGUUUACAUAUUAAAACAAUGAUUUCUUGAAUUAUAUCAAUUAACUGCAUGGGAAUUUUUUAAAUAAACAAUGGUGUAACUCGAAUUAACUGUACAUAGAAAAAUGUAAUAAUUGACAAAUGUCUUUGUGGUUCAAAGACUGCAAAUUAUCAGUAAACUUAUUUUGUCUGUGGACUUUUGAUUAGUGGUUUGGUUUUUAACCUUUGCUGUAUUUUUGCUUUAGAGGAAUAUAAAUGAUGUUUCAUCACAUAUCUCUCCAUAAGCGAACCUAGAGAGGAUUCUGAAACAGCGUUGGAAUAACCACACAUUUGUAAAAGAGGAAGCUGUCACAGGCUGCUGAAUAGUUUUGUCCACAUUCUAAGAAGUCCUUGGCUCAUUACGUGGCCACACUGUGUUUUUAACACUGUUUGUAAUUAACAGUAACAACUUGAGUAAAGUUUUGUCUAUGUAAACUUGAAUCAAACUUGUCCUUCUCAUUGAUUUAUGCACAAAGAAAAUUAAAGCUUUACCAGUUUGUUACA